UUGUCACAGCUGAGGACACUCAGACCAAAGGGAAAGGAAACUGCUCUGUGUACCAAAGCAACUUUGAAUUUAGGGGACAAGGAUUUAUUGGUUUUAUUACCUAAGCGCCACCUUCCACUCCCCAUCUGGGGGAUUCUAGGUAGAAGUUCCACCAGUGACCACAUGCCCAGCUUCUCUCUAGGGAUUCCAGGCCAGGCGGGGUGGGGGGCUUGUUUGUAAUGCUGAAAUUUACUCCCCAGCCUUACUUUUUUUUUUUUUUUAAAUUAAGGUCCCCAUGCUCCCAAUUUACUCAGAUCUUGUCUUUUUCUACUUCCCAUGUACAUUACAUCUAUGUAAGUCUCUCUUAGGGUCCUCAUUGUUGUCUGGGUUCUCUGGGAUUGUGAUUUGUGGCCUUGCAUCUUAAGACUCAGAAUUGCUUGGGCUGUAGCUAAGUGGUAGGGCUUACUUGCCAUGGGUUGGGACCCCGGUUUCUAUCCCAGCACUGUGAAAAGGAAUGCUCCCAGCAAUUCUUAAUUAUAUUUUACAUUUCUCUAUAGAAAAGCAAUGGUGCCUGAGGGGUGACUUAGCAACAUUUGCUUGGCAUGCCAAGGCUCUGGGUUCCAUCCCCAGCACCAAAAACUGCAAACAAUGAGCUAGUUUUCUAAAACUUGCCAAUGUUUGGAGUACAACAGGCCAUCCGUUUGGGUAGCAAAUGUCACUUCAGCCUCUCAUUAACUGAAUCAUGACACUGGUUGGCUUGGAAACUCAUGGACAAUAUUUCUUUUGAUUUUGAGGUAGUCUCACAUAGCUUGGAACUCCUGUCCUUCCGUCUGGCAUGCCAAGAUUAUACCUGUGUACACCAGGCCCCAGAUUUUAUUUUGUUUGUUUGUUUGUUUGAAAGACAAAGGUUUCAGUCUGUAGCCCAACCUGGCUUCAGACUUUCAGCUAUGUCCCCAUCUCAAGUUUCCCAAACAGCUGGGGUACCCCUGAAGUCCAGAGUGAGACAGCUUGUGUGCCCCAAGUCUCCAGCCAGGCUUGAAGCUACUGUGGCCCCAGGGGUGGAAAGGGGUCUGAGAGUCACAGUGCCUGCCCUUCUUGGCAGGCUAAUGUGCCUGGUACAGAAAGAGUUACAGUCGGGCCCCUCCCUGACCCCAGAGACAUCUAUAUUACCUAGCAACAGCUGUGCCAGGCAGGACGCACAGACCUCCCCAGAGCUCCACCAGCCAGACCCUGACACAGGGAAGCCAGGUGAGUGGUCGGGGUGUUCUUGGGCUGUGUGGUUAUCAGCAAGCAGCUCUGUCAGGCCAGCCGAGUACAGAAACCCAUUGCAAGUUCUGUCUCUGCAGUGUUCAUUUGUGCUCAUAAUGGACACCGUAAAUGCCACCAUAGAAAGGCUGAGAGCCCAGUGUCUAUCCAGAGGGGCCUCAGGCAUCCAGGACCUGGCCAGGUUUUUCCGCCGCCUGGACAAGGAUGGCAGCCGGUCCCUGGAUGCAGAGGAGCUGAGGCAGGGCCUGGGACAGCUGGGACUGGAUGUGGGGGAGGCAGAGGCAGAGGCACUGUGCAAACGCUGGGACCGCGACGGCAGUGGGACGCUGGACUUGGAGGAGUUCCUGCAGGCAUUACAGCCCCCCAUGUCCCAGGCCCGAGAAGCUGUCAUUGCAGCCGCCUUUGCCAAGCUGGACCAGACAGGGGAUGGUGUGGUGACUGUGGACGACCUGCGAGGGGUGUACUCUGGCCGCGCUCACCCCAAGGUGCGCAGUGGAGAGUGGACAGAGGAUGAGGCCCUUCACCAAUUCCUCGACAAUUUUGACACAUUUGAGAAGGAUGGGCAGGUCACACUAGCCGAGUUCCAAGACUACUACAGGGGACUCAGCGCUUCAGUGGACACAGAUUCAGAGUUCGUGGCCAUGGUGAGCAAUGCCUGGCGCCUCUGAUGUUGUUGCCCUCAGCUGCCUGACAACCGCCCUUAGCCUAGUCCCCUGACCCAUCUGCUCCUCUGUCACCACUGUCCUGGGGCCCCAGCUAGACACAGGGAGGGGAAUAUGUGAGAACGGGAGGCUGAAGAACCGGCUGGACCAGGUCUUUGGCAGGGCCACCCGUAGGCCUGGCUGGAUAGAGCACUGACCCCAUCAGGGGGCCCCAUGGCCACACCCAGCUUGUCUGGCUGCCAGGUGCAUGGGAGGUCGGGGUUUUAGUUAAAAGUUUUAAUGCAGUUCUCAAAUACAUUUCAUAUGACAAUCUUACAUAAAUGUUCCAAAACACA